AUGACUGAAGUUGUUUUCAGACACCAUGGAAACCUUACCGGCCGUGCUCACCCACACCCAACACUGGCUGCAGAAGCAACAACUGCAGAUAAGUAUUCUAACUUGUAUAUGUAUGUGGGGCUGUUCCUGACCCUGCUAGCCAUCUUGCUCAUUCUUCUUUUCACGAUGCUCCUCCGCUUAAAGCAUGUUAUCUCUCCCAUCACCACAACUCCAGUGAGUACUGAGAACAUCCAGCAGUUCACGGAUGUGGAAAUGCAUACCAGGAUUCCCAGCCCUUAAAAAAUGGGAAAGAACUGGCUGCCCAGAAAGAACAUGUGAAGAUGCAUCUUUUUGUUCAUUGGUUGAAAUGUGGGAACAGCGUCCUCUGCUGGCCCAGCUGAAAACGGUCCAGGCAAGGGGAGGCAACACAGGACAGCUGAAGGAUGCAAGCCUGGAAUGGACAAGGGCAGGACCUUGGGUGACCAUUAUAGAGGCAUAUGAUAGACACUGGUUUGUAGAUUCAGGACCAAGGUGACCGACCAAAGAAUACAUUCCUUAAUCCAGCUCUGGCCCAAAGCAAUUUACAGCUUUUCAUAGUCUGGUUUAGGAGAUUUAUUUUAGCAGCUCUGCCUCUUAAAGGGCUG